CUUUUUUCAUCUUAUAAGGUCAAGAUACUCAAUCUUUUGAAAUAUUACUUUCUGGUGUGUAAAACACGAAACACAUUUGACACUUCCCAAAAUUCAUCUUACAUACACACUCUUUCCAUCUUUCUCUCUUCCUCUCACGUUUUAAGUGUAAUUCUUUCAUCUCGUUCCGUCCCUUAUGUAGAUGAUUAUUUCGAUGGUGGAGUAUGUAUGAUAGUCCAUCUUACUAUACAUACUACCCGUCAUGCACCUUGCCCCUUCUGUCGUUGACGAGUUUUGUUUCUUUCAUGAAACAGAAGACUUCUUCCUAUUUAUCGUGACAAAUAAGUAGGAAAGCAACAUUCGAUUCGUUUCUUUGACGUUCUUCAAGACUACGAAAUUUCUCGUUACACAUCUUUGGAGAGAAGUGAUUAUUUCAUGAAGUAUGAAUAAACCGACUUUUAAAACGAUUGAAACCGGUAGCAUCUUGAAAAAAGAUCUCCACGUCCUCUAUAAACUGCCAUCAUGAACAUGUCCAUUCUUGCCCUGGCUGUUUUCGCAUCCGUCUUCCUUCUGGUAAACAGUUCAGUUUUACCCCACGGUGAACACUAUGGUGAACACUAUGGAAAAGAAGGCCACGAUGAAGCCCACAAAGGUGUAGCUUCUGCUGAACACGUAGCAAACAACGCCUACUCUGAACACGGUGAAGACGGUGUGAAAGCCGCCUACGACGUUGGUUACCGCAACCAUGAACACGAUCACGUGGACAACUAUGGACACCAUGAACAUGACGAGGACCACGACAAACACAAGGACGACAUGUUGGAAAAAUACGGAAACUUUGUUGCUCACGCUGGCCACAAUGCAUACGGUGGUGAACACAGUGCUGUAGCUGGACACGCUGAUGCAUACGGUGCUGAAGGUGGACAUGCUGCAUAUGCUGGUCCCGGUUUUGAUGGACGUGUAGGUUUCGGAGGUUUUGGCGGAUACGGUUUCGCUGGUCGUGGUGCUCUAGCAGGUCACGGUGGCCUUGCCGGUCACGGUGGCUUUGCUGGUCACGGUGGUGUUGUUGGUCACGGUGGUGCUGUUGGUCACGGUGGUGUUGUUGGCCACGGUGGACUUGCUGGGCACGGUGGAUACGGCUAUGGCGGUUUAGGUUAUGGUGGAUAUGGUUAUGGUGGACAUGGCUACGAUGGACAUGCUCUUGCAGGAAACGGUUUUGCUGGUCAUGGCUUUGAUGGAUAUGGCUAUGGACAUGGCCAUUAUUAAACAUGACUUUUAAAAAAAUGAGAACUCCCUAAUUCUAAAGAAAAAUACCAAUAAUUAAUACAAUUUGUUGCUGUUUGUAAUUAAAUAAACGUAAAAUUACUGUCAAUGU